AUGGGUUCCCAUGGCAGCUGCCUGGGGCUGGCCGGAGCCAGGGCAGCCCGGCCCAGGAGAGGGGGCGGCGGGGAGCGGCCCCGGGACACGCCGCCCGGCUCGGCCACAGCAACUAUGAGUUUUGGAACCAUGGAUGUGUAUUUGAAUGAGAUAGAAAACAAUCUGCAGAGUAUUUUGUACAACAAAGAGGAGGACCAGGAGAAUGAAACCUGGAAGAUGUACAUGGAGAGAAAGAACAUUGUGCUGGAGUUUCUGCACUCUGACUUGAGUCUCCACCUGCUGAAACGCCACCAUAAGCGAAUUGAACUUCUGAAAAAGUGCUCUUAUUACAUUGAAAUUCUGCCCAAGCAUUUGGCACUGGGAGACCAGAACCACCUCAUGCUGCCCACCACUAUGUUCCAGCUGGUUGACCCCUGGAGAUUCCAGAGGAUGAAGAAGUUGGGAACAGUCCAAACCAAAAUCCAGCUGUUGCUCUUAACUGACCUGUUAGAACAACUGGAACAGGGGCGGGAGGAGCUGGUCCACUUCCUGGAGACCUAUGACAUGGUAACAUUCCUCGCCAGGUGGGACUUGGUCAAGCAAAAGCUGUCAAAUCUGUCUGAGCUGAUGGAUAAUUUCCUUGCCAUGCUAGUGCCAGGAAGGCUGUAUGUUAAGCAUCGUCUGGUGUCAGAUGUUGGGGCUACCAAAAUCCCACACAUUAGGCUUGUUCUGAGUACCAAGAUGCCAGUGAUGUUUGAUCGAAAGGAAUCAGUGGCCCAUGAGGACUGGGUGAGCCUCAAGUGGUUUAUCACAAGUCAACAGUCACAGCCUGAACAGUAUGAACUCAGGUUUAAGCUACUGGAGCCCCGAACCCAGCAAGAGAGGAUCCAGUGUGGAAUAAUGCCGGUCACGUCCAACAUGUGUGAAAUCCAGAACCUGCUGUCUGACAGAUCAUACAGAUUCACAGUUAAAAGGGCGGAGACUUACACACUCGUCUAUGAACAGUGGUGCGAUACCAUCACAUUGGAGACAAAACCUUACCCUGAUGAAGGCAUGGAGAGCACCAUGUGCGAACCCUGACGGAUGAAGCAGCAGCAGAGAAUUUUCUAAUUUUGUCAAUUCAAAGAAGUUGAAGAAGUAAAAUUUAAAAUGUAUUUUUAAAGGUUUUUGCAUAAAAAUUGAGCUGUUGUGUCUUCAAUUGUAAUUUUACAAAGUGCCUCAUAUACAUCUUUAUGGGCUGAAAACAACACAGUUUAAACAGUCACCACUGCCC